AUGGGUCUACUAGCUCUUGGAACCCCGCUGGAAUGGGAGGAUGCAAAGCACCACGCCGAUGAGGUCCGGAAGCUCGGGAUACAGCAAUUGCUGGAGAUUUGGAAAAAUUAUAGAGGGAACGAGAGGGAUGUGUUGCUGUGGGGAGAUGAGCUUGAGUAUCUUGUUGUCUCCUAUGACGAGGAGAAAAAGCAUGCUCUUCUUUCGCUUCGGCAAGCCGAAAUUCUCGAGGAGCUUGCCAAUGACGAGAAAUUGAGAAAGGCAGGGGGCGGUGUUCCAGAGAUCAGUAAACCAGAAGACGUCUGUGGGCCCAUGCCAACUUUCCACCCCGAAUACGGGCGUUUCCAGAUCGAAUCGACCCCUGGUGCGCCAUUCAACCUGACCUGGAAAGAUUUGCUGUCUGUGGAGAAAGACAUGAAGCGCAGGAGAGUCAUUGCAAAGCAGCACAUGGCCAAAAACGAGGCGGUCAUCACGCUGCCAAACUUCCCGCUGCUAGGCGCAAAGGACGUGUUUACUCAUCCGCCGGUAGUCGCAGAUGGGUCAAGGUCACGGAGUCAGUUCCUCUCCGACGUUGUGAUCAACCCGCACAUCCGCUUCCCCACGCUGUCGGCCAACAUGCGGUCACGGCGCGGCAAGAAGGUGGCCAUCAAUAUGCCCGUCUUCUACGACGAAAAGACGCCCCGACCGUUCCGUGACCCCACAAUAGACUACGAUCGACACCUAUUUCCCGAGGACGACGACGUGCGGAAUGGUGCGGCACAGGAGGGUCACAUCUAUAUGGACGCUAUGGGUUUUGGGAUGGGCUGCUGCUGCCUGCAGAUCACGCUGCAGGCGAAGAAUAUCGUCGAGGCGAGAAUGCUGUAUGAUCAGUUAUGCCCAUUGGGUCCGAUAAUGUUGGCCCUGACGGCGGCUACCCCGAUUUUUAAGGGCUUUUUGGCAGAUGUGGAUGUGAGGUGGAAUGUCAUCUCCCAAGCUGCGGACGAUCGUACCGAUGAAGAAAAGGGAUUGAAGCCGCUCAAGAAUAACCGUUUCGUGAUACCAAAAUCAAGAUACGAUUCGGUAUCGGCGUACAUCUCGCAGGAUCCCCGUUUUAGGCCAGAGUACAAUGAUACGGAUCUUGUAAUCGACAAGGACAUUAAAAAGACACUUAUGGAUGAUGGUAUGGACGAGAACCUGGCAGCUCAUUUUUCCCACUUGUUCAUCCGGGACCCGUUGGUUAUCUUCCAGGAGACCUUAGAUGAGUCUCCAGAGGGUAAGGCGGACCAUUUUGAGGUGAGAACAACCCGGGAGAGCAUGAUAGUGUCAAACCGUGAGAAGCAAUUGCUGACCAUGCCUCCUUACGUGGGAGGGUUUAAGAACCUCCAAUCGACGAAUUGGCAACAUAUGCGGUUUAAGCCUCCUCCACCGGGUGGAAAUAUUGGCUGGAGGGUAGAGUUCCGUAGUAUGGAGAUCCAAUUGACUGACAAUGAGAAUGCUGCAUUCGCUAUAUUCAUCGUACUCCUCACGAGGGCGAUCUUGUCUUACGGAUUGAACUUCUAUAUUCCGAUAUCCAAGGUCGAUGAGAACAUGGCAACGGCACACCGCCGCGGUGCAGUCCUGACCGAAAAGUUCUGGUUCCGCAAGAACCUUUUCCCACCGCGCAAGCCCACCAACGGGGGCACCCCAGCACCUUCACGCCCCGCCUCCCCCGGUCCUGUCGAGAGGGAGUACUGCCUCAUGACAAUCGACGAGAUCAUGAACGGCAGCAAGACCAAUGAGUUUGUGGGGCUGAUCCCCUUGAUCGAGAACUACCUCGACACGGUCAACGUCGACGUUGUGACCCGCUGCGAGCUGGCUGGAUAUUUGAGCUUGGUCUCGAAGCGCGCAAGCGGGGAGCUGCAGACGGGUGCCGCGUGGAUCAGGGAGUUUGUUCGCGCCCAUCCCGACUAUAGGGGUGAUAGCGUCGUGAGCCAAAGCAUCAACUAUGACUUGAUCAAGGCGGUGGAUAGGUUAGGGAACGGUGACGGCGUGCUGGAUGAGCAGUUGUGCGGGAGGCUGCUGGGGAGGUCACGGGCGUGA